GCGGGCGGCGCGGCCGCGGCGCACGGUGCAGCCCGCCCCGAGGUCAGGGCGCUGCAUAGCUCAGGUGAUACUGUCACUAUUGGAGAUGUGUCUUUUAAACUCAAAACACCGAAGAACCCAGAACUUGUUCCACAGAACUACAUGACAGAUUCUCUGGCCCAGUCUGUAGUCCACCAUUUAAGAUGGAUAAUGCAGAAAGAUCUUCUUGGCCAAGAUGUCUUUCUUAUUGGGCCCCCUGGGCCUCUCCGGCGAUCUAUUGCCAUGCAGUAUCUGGAGCUAACAAAGCGGGAGGUUGAAUAUAUUGCACUGUCGAGGGACACCACAGAAACUGACCUCAAACAACGACGAGAGAUCCGAGAUGGUAGUGCUUUUUAUCUUGAUCAGUGUGCGGUUCGUGCAGCUACUGAAGGCAGAAUUCUUGUUCUGGAAGGCUUGGAGAAGGCUGAGCGGAACGUCCUGCCAGUGUUAAACAAUUUACUGGAGAAUAGGGAAAUGCAGCUUGAAGAUGGUCGUUUUCUCAUGUCUGCAGAGCGUUAUGACAAACUUUUGCAGGAUCAUACAAAAUCAGAGUUAGAUGCAUGGAAGAUUGUUCGGGUCAGUGAAGAUUUUCGAGUGAUAGCACUGGGCCUGCCAGUACCUAAAUACUCUGGUAACCCUUUGGAUCCACCUCUUCGCUCUCGAUUUCAAGCUAGAGAUGUUUAUCAUCUGCCCUUUAAGGACCAUCUUCAGCUAUUAUAUUCAAUUGGAUCAAACAUUUCCACAGAGAGAAUUUCUCAGCUCCUGUCUUUUGCUACAACUCUCUGCUCUCAAGAAUCUUCUACACUGGGACUUCCAGAUUUUCCUUUAGACAGCUUAUCGGCUGCCGUUCAGAUUUUGGAUUCCUUUCCUAUGAUGUCAGUCCAGCAUGUUAUUGACCGGCUUUACCCCUAUAAUAUUUUCCUUGGAAAGGAAGGCAGGACUGCAGUCAAAGACAUGUUAAAACGUUUUGAGCUUCAAGAUUCAGAAAACCACUUGAUUCCCAGAAAGAUUACUAAAGUAGAAAGUGUACAUGGAAACAAACCCUUCAAAGCUGAUGUAACUGUCCAAAUUGGUGAAAAAGAAGUGACAUUCCAGGUUCCAGCUGGAACUGGACUGUUAAAAAAUCAUCCUCGAUCAGAUACUUUCAUAAGGACUUCCAGCCAUAAUCAACUGUUGGCAGAAAUGAUGCAAUCCCAUAUGGUUAAAGAUAUGUGCUUAAUUGGAGGAAAAGGCUGUGGCAAAACUGUUAUUGCUAAGGAGUUUGCUGAUAUACUAGGAUAUAGCAUAGAACCUAUCAUGCUUUACCAGGAUAUGACGGCUAGAGACUUGCUACAGCAAAGGUAUACUCUUCCUAAUGGAGACACUGCUUGGAGACCCUCGCCACUUGUUACUGCAGCUCUGGAAGGGAAGCUUGUUAUUCUUGAUGGCAUUCAUCGAAUUAACCCUGGCACUCUAGCUGUACUUCAAAGACUAGUACAUGACAGAGAACUGACUCUGUAUGACGGCACCAGAUUGUUAAGGAAAGAUAGAUAUCAAAACUUAAAAGAAGAAUUACAGCUCUCUGAUGAAAAACUGCGCGAAAGGUCUACCUUUCCUAUCCAUCCUUCUUUCAGAAUAGUGGUCUUAGCAGAACCUCCUGUCAUUGGAAGUAGUACCCAACAAUGGCUGGGUCCAGAGUUUUUGACACUCUUUCUUUUUCAUAAUGUUCGAUCUUUAAGCAAGAGUGAAGAAAUUGAAGUUAUUAAAAAAAUGAUUCCAAAUGUGCCUAGUGUUGCUGUGGAGCAGUUGUUGUCAUUAACGCACAAACUUCGAGAGACAAAUGAUGCCACAGCACAGUCACUGGCUUCAUUUUUAUCUACUCGACAACUAUUGCGAAUUUGUCGUCGACUGUCACAACAUCCAGAUGAAAGCCUUUAUGAUGCUGUUAAUAAAGCCUGCCUUUCCAGGUUUCUGCCAAAUCUCGCUAGAUCAGCUUUACAUAAAAAUCUUCAGGAUUCUGGUAUUGAAAUGAGUCCAGAUAACACAAAGAAACUGGAGGAAAAGGAUUACACAUGUGAAAUAAACAAUGGGAUUCUGAAGAUAGGGUCUGUGACAAUGCCAAUUUAUAACUCAGCUGAGAAAAUGAAAGUGCCUGAUGUUUUGUUUUAUGAAAACGCACAACACAUGAUGGUAAUGGAAGAUAUGCUCAAGGACUUUCUGCUGGGAGAACAUCUUCUUUUAGUUGGCAACCAGGGUGUUGGGAAAAACAAGGUUGUUGACAGAUUCCUUCACCUUCUAAACAGGCCCAGAGAGUAUUUACAACUGCAUAGGGAUACCACUGUACAAAGCCUUACCCUACAACCUUCUGUUAAAGAUGGUCUUAUUGUAUAUGAAGAUUCACCACUGGUAAAAGCAGUGAAGUUUGGACAUAUUUUGGUGAUCGAUGAGGCAGACAAAGCACCAACAAAUGUUACCUGUAUCUUAAAAACUUUAGUAGAAAGUGGGGAAAUGGUUUUGUCAGAUGGAAGGCGCAUUGUUGCCAAUCAUGCUCAUGUAGAGAGGAGAGAAAAUGUAAUAGUUAUUCAUCCUGAUUUUAGAAUGAUAGUUCUGGCAAAUAGGCCUGGAUUUCCUUUCUUGGGUAAUGACUUUUUCGGCACAUUAGGGGACAUUUUUAGUUGCCAUGCUGUUGAUAAUCCCAAACCACAGUCUGAAAUGGCUAUGCUAAGACAAUAUGGUCCUGAUGUUCCAGAGCCAAUUCUUCAGAAACUGGUAGCUGCUUUUGGAGAGCUCAGGAGCUUAGCUGACCAAGGCAUUAUUAACUAUCCCUAUUCAACUAGAGAAGUUGUGAAUAUUGUAAAACAUUUACAGAAAUUUCCAGCUGAAGGACUCGCAAAUGUUGUUCGAAACGUGUUUGACUUUGACUCCUACAACAAGGAAAUGUGUGAAAUUUUGUACAACACUUUGCACAAGUAUGGAAUACCUAUUGGAGCAAAACCGACCAAUGUACAACUGGCCAAGGAACUGCCAUUACCAGAUCAUAAAUUUAUGGGCUACUGGAAAGUUGAUCAGCCAGGAAAUGCACAACAGAAGCUGCUGUGUCCAUCAGAAACUCAAAAAAUAGAUGUAAAGGGCCCUGUGUACUUAAAUAUUCAAGGCUUUCCAGUGGAACGACAUGAAGCCAGGUCCCUCAAUUUCACUGAAGAACUUGCUUUUUGGACACUGCCUUUAGAUGAAAUUAACAUAGUUUGUGAUGUCACUGUAACCAAAGAAGAGGAACCUGAAAACAUUCUUUAUGUUACUACCUGCAAUCCUGUUACUUUGUACUUCAUGAAUGUUUCUAGUAAGAGUGGAUACUUUGUGAAUCUUUAUGACCUCUUCCCGAGAACAGUUGGAAGUGUCUGGCAACCUUUUGUGACUGUGGCUCCUCUGGGAAAUCCACUCAAAGGUCAAGUGGUUCUACAUGAAGAGGAGAGCAAUGUUAUAUUGUUGCUGGAUACAAGCAGUGGUGCCCUUCGCCGACUUUUGCUCUUACCAGAUGCUCAAGAGUCUCCUAAAAGAACAUCAUGGUGGCGCAACAAAGAAGAGAUGAGCAACUACAAAAUGUGCCGAGAGUUUUCACACAAAAACUGGCUGGUGUUCUACAAAGAAGCAGGAAACCACCUUAUUGUGCUGGAUGUAUUGGAGGGUCAAACUCAUACCAUCUCCCUUCCGAUCAGUCUGAAAUCUGUUUUCCUGGCAGCUGAAGACCGCUGGCUCUUGGUGGAAAAUGAAACAAAUAAGAAAUUUCUUUUAACCAAGCGUGCCCAUAUGGAAGCUCAAGACAGUGAGGUUUGCCAGCUGUAUGCAUUGAGUGAAGAGCCAGCUGAAAUGGGAUUUGGCCUAACAACAGCGUCAGAACUGUGUGUGCCACAUGCAGUUUCAAGUGACCAGCUAUCUUCAGAAAACCUCAGUGCAGCUGUGGGACAAAAGAUCAGCUCCCCCAACAGGAUCUUCUCGGAUGAGCAGAAUUAUGCUACUAUUGUUAUUGGUUUCCCAGACCUCUUGUCUCCCAGUGAAGUGUAUAGCUGGAAAAGAAACUCCUCUCUGAGUCAAAAAUGUGCUUCUCCUUCUGAUCCAUUUUAUUACGGAACCCAGAGGAAAACAGGAGCUGCAAAACAAACCAAUUGUGUAACUUUAUUGGCUUCUAAUCAGAUAGUCAGAAUUUUAGCACCUGGAGACGUGCCUUUGAAAGACAUUUACCCAAAAGAUGUCACUCCUCCACAAGCUGCUGGAUACUUGGAAGUAACAGAUCUUAACUCAAAGAAAAUCAAAUACAUUGCAAUUCCUAGAUCACAGUCUCUCUCUCCAUAUACAUCAUGGCUCUCUAAGAUCUCGGAUGCCGAUGCCCUUUUGGCACCACUGGGCAAAGUAGGUUUGGUUACUGUGGACAUGGGAGGAGGUGUGAGGCUGUGGGAGACUGGGCUGGAAAGCCUCCAGCGGUCACUGCAGGACUGGAGGAACAUGAUUGGCCAAGAAGAUGGUCGUCCUGUGCAGAUAACCAUUGAGAGAGAAAGUGGUUUGGAUGUCAGUUCCCCUAAACAUGGAAAAGUGGAUCCAGACAACAUGCCACAUGUUGGUGGAAAUAUGUGGGCUGGUGGAACAGGUGGGAGAGACACUGCUGGGUUAGGUGGCAAAGGUGGGCCAUAUCGACUGGAUGCAGGCCACAGGGUUUAUCAAGUAUCUCAGGCUGAAAAAGAUGCUGUUCCUGAAGAGGUUAAGAGGGCUGCUCGAGAGAUGGGUGAAAAGGCCUUUAAACAGAGAUUGAAAGAGAUUCAGAUGAGUGAAUAUGAUGCAUCAACUUACGAAAGGUUCUCCGGAGCAGUUCGACGCCAAGUUCAGUCACUCCGCAUCAUCUUAGACAAUCUGCAGGCCAAGGGUAAGGAAAGACAGUGGCUGAGACACCAAGCUGUUGGAGAGCUAGAUGAUGCUAAAAUCAUUGAUGGGCUGACAGGAGAAAAAGCCAUAUAUAAACGACGGGGAGAACUUGAGCCACAACCUGGGAGCCCUCAGCAAAAACCCAAACGCCUGCGCCUGGUGGUGGAUGUUUCUGGCAGCAUGUACCGCUUCAAUGGGGUGGAUGGACGGCUGGAACGCUCCAUGGAGGCUGUCUGCAUGGUCAUGGAAGCUUUUGAGAAUUAUGAGCACAAAUUCAAGUACGAUAUUGUUGGACAUUCAGGAGACGGCUUCAACAUCGCAUUGGUUGGGAGUGACAAAGUUCCCAAGAACAAUAAGCAAAGAUUAGAGAUUCUUAAGACUAUGCACGCCCAUGCUCAGUUCUGCAUGAGUGGAGACCACACCUUGGAAGGGACAGAGCAUGCCAUUCGUGAAAUUGCCAAGGAAGAGGCUGAUGAGUAUUUCGUUAUCGUCUUAAGUGAUGCAAAUCUUGAACGGUACGGCAUUCAGCCUUCAAGGUUUGCCCAGGUCUUGACCACCAAUACUCAAGUCAAUGCUUUCGCCAUAUUUAUAGGAUCCUUGGGAGACCAGGCAGACAGGCUGCAGAGGACACUACCAGCAGGUCGGUCUUUUAUUGCCAUGGAUACCAAAGAGAUCCCCCAGAUUUUGCAGCAGAUCUUCACAUCUACCAUGUUAUCAAGUGCCUAAGCAUCACUGAUGUCACGGUGUGUGAAUUUAAAGAAGAAACCCACUCCUGCUGCAGAUAUAAACCCUAAAGCUGAGGAUAAACACAUUUCUUAAUAAAAUACAUACUGUUCUCUAA